CCCCAUUCCCAUCCCCCUGGAGCUCGCUGGCCCCGCCCCUGCUCCGGUUUCGGUUCCCAGAAAAAACCGGAAAAUCCGGAAAAGCCGCUCCCGGAUUUUGGGGCGGCUCCAAAUUCCCGGACUUUGACCCCAAAGGAGCCCCCGGGGGAGGAGCCGGGGGCGGAAAUUUGGGAAAGAUCCCAAAAAAAAUCGGCCCCGAGGGGAAAAAAACCGACCUGGGAUUGUUUGGGGCCAUGGCGGAGAAGGCUCUGGACCACGGCGUGCAGAUCCGGUUCAUCAGCGACCUGGGCGAGGCGGGCGGGCAGCGAGCGCCGCGGGCCAGGGGCGGCUCCUACGGGGUGGCCGUGAGGGUCCAGGGCAUCGCUGGGCAGCCCUUCGUGGUCCUCAACAGCGGCCAAGGGGGUGGAGAAAGUUUUGGGGUUCAGAUCAAAGCGGGGAGCCCCGAAACGGCCCCGGGCGUCAGAGGUGGGAGUCCCGAAACGGCGGCGAAUUGUGGAAGCGGCGGUUUUGAAACGGGGAAAAGUUCUCAUGGAACGGUGAAAAAUUCUCAUGAAAUGGUCACAGAUGUGGCAAGGAGGAGCCCCAAAUUGGCCACAAAUGUCACAGGUGAAGUGGUCACAAAUCCACCCGAAGUGGCCCCGAAUGUCCCAGGGAGGAGCCCAAAAAUGGCCCCGAAUCCCAGAGUUGGGAGUCCCGAAAUGGCCACGAACGUCCCUGGAAUGGCCACGAGUUUCAGAGCAAGGGGUCCUGAAAUGGCCCCAAAUCCACCCAAAAUGGCCCCAAAUCUCAGAGCUGGGAGCCCCAAAACGGCCCCGAAUGUCACAGGUGAAAUGGCCCCAAAUCCACCCAAAAUGGCCCCAAAUCUCAGAGCUGGGAGCCCCAAAACGGCCCCGAAUGUCACAACCUGGAAUUCUGAAGUGGCCCCAAAUCCUCCUGAAGUGGCCCCAAAUUUCAGAGCCUGGAGCCCCGAAAUGGCCCCAAAUUCUCCCGAAACGACCCCAAAUGUCCCAACCCGGAGCCACCAGGGGGGAUCUGCAGGGGGAGAAGAAUUUUGGGAUGGGGAAGGGCCGAGAGUCCUCAAAUUUUUAGCUGAGGGAAGAUCCCGAGGGAUCCCAAAAUCCUGGGAUGAGGAAACUUCUGGGAGGAUCCCGAAAUCUUCGGAUCAACGCCUGGAAAAUCCCAAAUCCCGGGAGCAGGACGGGGGAAAAUUCCGAGGGAUCCCGAAAUUUUCGGAUCAGGAUUCAGGAGGAUCCCGAGGAAUCCCGAAAUUUUCGGAUCAGGACUCGAGAAGAUCCCAGGACGCCCCGAAAUCUUGGGAUCGACGCCUGGAAAAUCCCAAAUCCUCGGAGGAGCUUCGCCGAUCCCAAUCCCACGGCGACCUCGCGGGAAAAACCCGGGAAAAAAUUCCCGAAAAAUUUCCGGGAAUUCCGGGGGACGUGGACACGGAGCCGCUGGGCUCGGUGGAUUCCCUGAUUUCCAAAUUCGACUCUGGGAAUUCCGGGAAUUUUCGGGGAGCCCGGAGGCUCCGCGGCCCCGCGGCCGCUCCCAGGAAACGUUCGCAGAGUUUGGAUUCGCGGGAAUCCCAAAUUCCCAAAAUUCCGCCCCAAAUUCCCGGCGGGUUUGGGGAUGUGGAGGAGAAAAACGUGGAGAUGCAGCUGAAAUCCACCCCGGACCUGCUGCGGGACCAGCGGGAAUUGGGGGGUGGCGAAAACCCCACGGAGCUGAUCUACAGCAUCCUCAGGGAGGGGAGCUCCGAGAGCGAGAUUUCCCUGAAGAGAAAAACCUCGAGGCUGCUGCAGAAAUUCCAGGAGCUGAAUUCCGUGGGGGCUCCGGACUCGCCCCAAUCCCAAAUCCUGCGCGGAGCCCUGGACAGGAAAUCCCAGGAGCUGCAGCGGAGCCAGGCCCAGCUGGGUGAGCUCCAGGCCGCCAAGGAGCAGCUGGAGGCACGGCUGGGCCAGCUGGAGGAGCAGCUGCUGGCCACGAGCCACGAGCCCAGGAGUGACCCCAAGAGUGACCCCGACGCUCAGGAGCUCUACCAGGAUCUCCAGGAUCUCCAUUCCCAGCUGGACGUGGCGGUGGCCGCGCGGCGGCGCCUGGAGCGCGAGCUGGGCGCCCUGCGGGGGGCGCUGCAGGCCGAGGUUGCCAUGACCCCAUUUCCCACAUCCCAAAUUUCCCAUUUUCCCAAAUUUCCCAUUUUUCCCAAUUCCCAGGAUCUCCAGGAUCUCCAUUCCCAGCUGGACGUGGCGGUGGCCGCGCGGCGGCGCCUGGAGCGCGAGCUGGGCGCCCUGCGGGGGGCGCUGCAGGCCGAGGUUGCCAUGACCCCAUUUCCCACAUCCCAAAUUUCCCAUUUUCCCAAAUUUCCCAUUUUUCCCAAUUCCCAGGAUCUCCAGGAUCUCCAUUCCCAGCUGGACGUGGCGGUGGCCGCGCGGCGGCGCCUGGAGCGCGAGCUGGGCGCCCUGCGGGGGGCGCUGCAGGCCGAGGUGGCCGCGCACGAUUCCGACCUGGAGCGGCUGCGGGGGGAGCUGGAGAGGAGCCGGGGGCAGCUGGAGAGGAGUUUGGAGGAGAAAUCCAAGCUGGAGCAGGAAGGGGAAAAUUUGGGAAUUGAGGUUCGGAAUCUGCGGCGGGAGCUGGAGGAGAGCGCGGAGGAGGCGCAGCAGUGGCGGGAAAUGUUCCAGAAAAACAAGGAGGAGCUGCGGAAUUCCAAGCAGGAGCUGCUGCAGGCUCGGCUGGAGAGGGAGGAGUUCGAGGAGGAGCUUCGGGAACUCCGGGAACGAUUCCAGAACCGGAGCCACCCCCAGGAGCUGGGAAAGCUCCAGAAGAAUUUGGAAAAUCUCCGGGAGGAUUUGGAGAAGCUCCGGGGGGAGCGGGAUGAGGCCGUGCAGAAUUUGGAAAAUCUCCAGGAGGAUUUGGAGAAGCUCCGGGGGGAACGGGAUGAGGCCGUGCAGAAUUUGGAAAAUCUCCAGGAGGAUUUGGAGAAGCUCCGGAGGGAACGGGAUGAGGCCGUGCAGGCCAGGAUUUCUCUGGAAUUGUCCCUGGAGGAGUCGGAACAGGCACGGAAAAUUCUGGAAUCAUCCCUGGAGAAGUCACAGACCCAGAGGGAAAACCUGGAAAAGCUCCAGGAGAAAAUCAAGGAGUUGGAGUCGGAGCGUUCGGCCCUGGUCGGUUCCCGGGAUUCGCUGCAGCGGCGCCUGCGGGAGGAGCGCGAGCGCCUGAGCCGCGAGCUGGAGGAGAUGACAACAGAAUCCCAAAUUUCCAUGGCCUCUCUUCGAUCCCAGCUGGAAAAAUUCCAGGAAAAAUCCCGGAAGGAACUGGAAGAUUCCCAAAAAAUCGCUCGAGAGCGCGAGGCUGAGGCAGGAAAAUUCCAGGAAAAUCUUGGAAAACUCCAGGAUGAGAUUUCCAGACUGAAAGAAGCCCUGCAGGAAAUUCGGGAGGAGAGGGAUGGGCUGGUUCUGGACAAGGAGCUGCUGCUGCAGAAAUCCCAGGAGCUGGAACAGGAGCUGGAAAAUCGCAAACGAGCCCAGGAGGAACGAGCACGACAUUCCAAAGCCUUGGAGGACAAAUCCAAGCGCCUGGAGCUGGAGCUGGACGAGGAGAGGAACUCGCUGGAGCUGCUGAGUGAGAGGGUGACAAGGAGCAGGGAGCAGAUUGAGCAGCUGAGGGCGGAGCUGCUCCAGGAGCGUUCGAGCCGCCAGGACCUGGAAUGUGACAAAUCCUCCCUGGAGAGGCAGAACAAGGAGCUGCGUUCCCGGCUGGCGGCGGCCGAGGGGCAGCAGAGACCCGGGAGCGGCCGCAGCUCCCAGCUGGAGGCGCGGCUGGAGGAGCUGCAGGAGCAGCUGCAGGGCGAGGAGAGGGAGAAGAGCGCGCUGCUGUCGUCCAGCCGGAAGCUGGAGCGGCGGCUGAAGGAGCUGCAGCUGCAGAUGGACGAGGAGAGGCAGAGCAGCAGCAGCCAGAGGGACCAGCUGAACCUGCGGGUGAAGGCGCUGAAGCGGCAGCUGGACGAGGCCGAGGAGGAAAUCGAGCGCUUGGAAAACACCCGGAAAAAAUUCCAGAGGGAGCUGGAGGAGCAGCAGGAGCUGAACGAGCAGCUCCAGAGGCGCCUCAAGGCCAAGGAGAAGGAGGCCUGGCGCCGCGCCGUGGACUCGGCGCUGCAGGAGGAGCCGCUGAGCUCGGACGAGGAGCUGGGCUCGGCCUCCAUCGCCUCCCUGCUGAGCGAGGCCAGGCUGCAGGCCAGCUCCUGCUGAGAGCCCAGAAUUCCCAACAUUCCCAAAAUUCCGGGAAUGCUGGAGCCAGGACUGAGGCCGGGAUCAGCUCCAGGAUCAGCUCCAGGAUCAGCUCCAGGAUCAGCUCUGGAAUCGGAUCCGGGAUCAGCUCCGGGAUUGGUCCCAGCCUGGGAUCGGUUCUGGAUCAGCUGCCUCCUGCUGAGGAAACUGGGAAUGCCAGAAUUCCCAAAAUUCCCAAAAUUCUGGGAAUGCCGGAGCCGGGACUGAGGCCGGGAUCAGCUCCAGGAUCAGCUCCAGGAUCAGCUCCAGGAUCAGCUCCAGGAUCAGCUCCAGGAUCGGAUCCAGGAUCAGCUCUGGAAUCGGAUCCGGGAUCAGUUCCGGGAUUGGUCCCAGCCUGGGAUCGGUUCCAGGGUCACCCCAGGAUCAGCCUCCACCUGCUGAGGAAACUGGGAAUGCCGGAAUUCCGGGAAUUCCCAAAAUUUUGGGAAUUCUGGAGCUGGGAUCGAGGCCGGGAUCAGCUCUGGGAUCAUCUCCAGGAUCAGCUCCGGAAUCGAUUCUGGGAUCGACUCCAGGAUUGGUCCCAACCUGGGAUCGGUUCUGGAUCAGCCGCCUCCUGCUGAGGAAACCGGGAAUGCUGGAAUUCCCAAAAUUCCGGGAAUUCUGGAGCUGGGAUCAAGGCUGGGAUCAGCUCCAGGAUCAGCUCCAGGAUCGAUUCUGGGAUUGGUUCCAGGAUUGGUCCCAACCUGGGACUGGUUCUGGAUCAGCCACUUUCUGCUGAGGAAAUUGGGAAUUCUGGAAAUUCCAAAAUUCUGGGAGUUCUGGGAAUUCCAGAGCCGGGAUCAGGUCCAGGAUUGGCUCCAGGAUCCGUCCCAGAAUUCUGACAGGGAUCAACCCCGAAAUUCUAGCCCUGGAAUUCCAUCUGGGAUCAGCCCCAGAAUUCCAGCCCUGGAAUUCCAGCCGGGAUCAAUCCCAAAAUUCCAGCCCCAGAAUUCCAGCUCCAGGAUCAAUCCCGGAAUUCUGACCGGGAUCAGCCCAAGGACUCGGCCGCUCCAUCAGGAAUUUUCUGGGAUUUUCAGGAAUUUUCUGGGAUUUUCAGGAAUUUUCUGGGAUUUCCUGGGGACACUUUGGAGGAAUUCCAGGAAUUUUGAUUUCCAAUCCUUUCCCUUGGGCUCCUCCCGAAGGUGUUCGGAAUAAAAUCCAGCGGUUUAAGGGCA